CUGGGGUUGUGUGAGCGCAGGUGGUCGGUCGCGCUUCGUGAGCGUCCGUUGGUUGAGAACGUGUUUUUUUUUUGAAGAGGCGGCGAGGGGUCUCAAAGCGACCCACUUGUCUUUUUUCUCUCUCUCCUCCCCGGCUCGGUGGGGUCUCGUCUCGGGGCAGCGUCUGAAAAGGGCUCCCGCCCGCCCAGGUACCAACUGCUGACAAUGUCGUCAGGUGGUCCGGAUUCCCGUGUUGCAGAGCAGAAGCCUUUAGUAGACAAAGAAGAGGCCAUUACUCGUCUCUUGCCUGACAUUGAAGUUGACAUUCACGAACAAGACAUUGAGACAGUCCAUGGGUCAGUCCAUGUCACCAUGUGUGGAACACCACGCGGAAACAGACCUGCUAUUCUAACAUACCAUGAUAUUGGGUUGAAUCACAAGACGUGCUUCAACCCCCUCUUCAAUUACGAGGACAUGCAGGAAAUCACACAACAUUUUGCAGUGUGCCACGUGGAUGCCCCGGGACAGCAAGACGGAGCGCCUUCCUUCCCACCUGGGUACAUGUAUCCUUCCAUGGAUCAGCUGUCUGACAUGCUUCCUGGAGUUCUAAAACAAUUUGGAUUGAAAAGCGUGAUCGGAAUGGGGACUGGAGCUGGGGCCUACAUUUUGACCCGAUUUGCUCUUAACUACCCUGAUAUGGUGGAAGGACUCGUUCUUAUCAACGUCAAUCCAUGUGCCGAAGGGUGGAUGGACUGGGCUGCAACCAAGAUUUCUGGAUGGGCUCAUGCUUUACCAGACAUGGUCAUUUCACAUCUUUUUGGCAAGGAUGAGAUCCACAGCAGCCACGAUUUGAUCCAUACUUACCGCCAGCACAUCAUCAAUGACAUGAACCAAAACAAUCUCCAUCUGUUUGUCAACUCUUACAACAGCCGAAGAGAUCUAGACAUUGAACGUCCAGUUCCAGGAGUAAAUGUGGUUACUUUACAGUGCCCUUCAUUGUUGGUGGUUGGAGACAGCUCUCCUGCAGUUGACGCUGUGGUGGACUGCAAUGCUAAACUUGACCCAACAAAGACCACGCUUUUAAAGAUGGCUGAUUGUGGUGGCCUUCCUCAGGUUUCCCAGCCUGCCAAGCUUGCUGAAGCUUUCAAAUACUUCAUCCAGGGAAUGGGAUACAUGCCUUCCGCAAGCAUGACCAGACUAAUGAGGUCCCGCACGGCUUCCGGUUCCAGCGUCACGUCCAUGGAAGGGAACAGGAGCAGAUCCCACACCGGGGAAGGUUCCCGAAGUCGGUCUCACACAGGCGAAGGGCCCAGGAGCAGAUCCCAAACCGGGGACGCUCCCCGGAAUCGUGCUGCCACAGACAUCGAGCUGAGUUCUAAUUCUGCCAAGACCAGUGGACAGUCGAGCCCCAAGUCAAUGGAAGUGUCCUGUUAAAACGAUGCCGCCCUAGUCCAAACCAAGACCAAGCCUCAGCCUCAAGGCUGCGCGUUGCGAUAAUUAACCUAAGGGGUUCCCCGUAACAAAUGGAUCUUUCUACCCCUCCCUUCCCCAAACCCCUAGGGACCAAUAAAACAAAGCAAUAUCUCAGAUGCUCUCUUUCCCUAAUCAAAUGGCUGAUCUUUCCAGCUUACUCCUAGAAGGCUUUUAACAUCCAGUUAUUGCUCUAAUAUAUUUCUUUUUUAAGAUCCAAGACUGCAACCUCUACUGUCUUGUCUUUUUCGGAAAGCAAUUGCCUGAAGCUGGUGGGUUAUCUCUGACUCUCCUUUCACCCAGUUCUACAAACUAAACAGUAUUUCUCCCCCCCCCCCCCCGGUCUUAUUUUAAGGCUUCAUUGUCAAAGGGGAGAUGGGAAAAAGAAAGAAAAGAAAACAUUGGGAGAUUUUUAAAACUCUUCCGCCUCCACUCUGAUCCAUACUUAUUCCUCAAAGGGAGUUGGGUGACUGGCCUCACGGAUAGCACCCAAGCGCUCCGUUUGCCACACCCCAACAUUUAAAAAGGGGGGAAUUUGAUACAACUUGGGAGGCAAAAACCCCACUGAUGAAAAUCUCUUUCAGGCAGACCUGAGAACUUAGCUGCGGUCCAUUCAUGCUGCUUAAUCAGACUAGAGUUAAGGGUUCGGGAUUCUUAGAAAUGCACCACAUUUGGUCUUAAAUUUUGCAUUUCGACUGGUGGCCUUCAAGAAGCCGCAGCAAUAGAUAGUAAAGCUGUUCUCUCUACUGUAAUUAAACCACUUUUGCGUUGCAGGCUUUUCCUGCAGGGAUACCCUCACCUACCCACUCACUCACCUCCCCCAGUAUUUUGCUCCCAAAGCAAGAAGCAUCUCAUUCUUGGAUUGAACUCUAACAGUAAAUUAAGACAGUGGAAAUCGUGUAUAGUGAUUACCUGAGAACGAUAAAUCUUCGCACAAAAAACGUCGGGAGGAAGAGGCAAGGCUGUAAUAGAGAUUUAGUUUGAUGAUUGUAAAAGUAGAUUAUAUUGAUUUCUACAAUUGAAAAGCUACUUUGCCGAUGUCUGCCGCGCUUACAGGGUGGGAAGCUAUGAGCAAGACAGCUCAACAGGUUUCUAGCGUAGAUGAGAAUUCUAGUUUUUAUAGGAACCUAAUUAUAUCUAUUUUUCCACUGGCUUGAUCUGUUUGCUACUUCACAAAACUUAAUAUAGCUAAUGAUUUUUGGAUAUUGAGCAUUUGCAUCAUUUAGCAUCUUCAGAGCUGAAUAUCUGAGGUAGUUCAUGAGAACUGAUUUCUUUUACUCUGGGUUAAUUACCUGGGUUUGCUCUUUUUUUUUUUCCCCUCCUCCUCCUCCUUCAAAUGACAACUUCAAAGUUUCCUGGAAAGUUUAUAAUGAGGAAUAGCAGAUUGUAAUAGAGAGGCUCAACUUGCCUAUUUGGGGGGAAAAGUUUAUUAAUGAAUUAUUUGUAUUUAUUUCAAACAAAAUAAAUUUGUAACUUUGCA